GUGACAACUCAGAAGCUUGGAGUGCUAUCACAGCCCUUUCAAUAAGAACAACAACAGCCACAAUAAUAAUAAUAAUAAUAAUAAUAAUAAAUAGAACCCCUAUUUUUGAAAUGCAUCGCUGGUGCUGUUCGACGACGUCGCUGAAGGUGGGUGCGGUGGCUGCCCGGUACUACACCCGCUCCCAUCUUCCCCUGCACGGCCUCAGGCCCCUCUUGGCGAUGGUGGGGGAAAAGGGCGGUAGCCUCCGCACCGCGCGCCGCAGCGUCAUGAACCCACCUCAAACUGGAACGACAACGCAAAAUGGAUCAAAAAUCCCGAUGGAAAAAAAUCUUGAGGGGGAAUUCGCCUCGAAACACUUUGACUUUCAGGAUGUCGAUGCCGACCGGCUUACUCAUUUUUACUGGGAUCGCAGCGAGGAUGGAAACCCGUACCAAAGUGCCCCCGACUUCCAAUGGAUGGGUGAGGAUGAAUUUGAGCAGGAUAACCUAGCGCACAUCUCAUUGGAAGAUCGGAAGUACCUAACUUCAGAGUAUUUGUAAGACCUACAAGCUCUGGAACAGUCUUCACAUAAUCGCAUAUCGCUCUUAGCUUUAUUAGAUAGAUAGUUCAAUGUUUGCUAUCUUUUGUUAACGUCUGUGUUUAAAUGCAAUUGUUUUUCAAGCGAUCCUUUGGUCAAUAUAUAGAGAUGAGGUGAGUCUGGGCAUUCAAAGGAAUUUUAUCAAGGGGAAUGAAUUGCUUGUACUUUCCCUCUGACACAUUGGUGUUUAUUCCACAUAUACAUGGAUCUAUCUUGUCUUCUUACUUUCCAUUAUAUUAAAACUUGCAGAGACAGGUUCAGGUGUUAAUGAACGAGCGUACUUUUUCCAGCCUAAAAAAAAGCUCGAGUGACAUAGACCCUGCGCGUUGGAAUUCCUUUCUGUAUUUCUAACUCAGGAACGUUUUUAUUAUUAUAUUUAUCAGAAUUUACUUAAUAUAAUGAGUUGAAGAAAAGCGCCUAUACAUAUAAAUAAAUAUAUUGUCUGAAUUCGAAAAGAACAAUAUUAAAAAUGAUUUAUGACGCUUCUUCUAGCAUAGAAUUUUGAUAUUUACCUUUCUUAUUCCAUUUACUUGUGCUUUUGUUCGUUUACGAGGUCUGUUGUCCAAUAGCUCGCUAAAUACUUCUAUCCUUAUCACAAUUGAUAUCCUUUUUUUUGACUAUGGACAAAAAAUCUUCGGACGCCAAGGGAAUCCAAAAGAAGGUUCUGUCUGACAACUCCAUCUAUCACCUACACUGAAAACGAUUAUCACGCUAUGGUAAACGUGUUCGAUAUUAUGAACGCUCUGCACAAGUCCAAUUAUGUCCCCCACAGCUACGAGUACGAUCACGUCGUCCUCGUGAACGUUUCUUCACUUGUGGUCAAAGCACAUUUUUAGUGAAACCAUGAUUCCAUUAAAUAUAAAUUGAUAUAUCGAGUUUAUUAUUUUACUUCCUUUUUUCAUGGUUUCUUACUUUUCUAUUUUUUAAACCAUUAAGAAUAUCAUUUAAUUUUCAUUGCUUUGCCCUACCCCCUUAGUAAUGAGGAUUCAAAAACGAGAAUCCGCUGAAUGAAG